AUGACCACGACAGUGCCGACCGCUUCCGACAAGCUUUUCGCGCCCGAAACGCCUGCACCUGCUCUAGGCGAGAGCCCCGCAUCAUCUCCGGAGGCAACGCCAACAACGUCAGCAUCAACCCCGACGGGCGACAUUGUUCCGGCGCCGGCGGCGAUCGGUUUCGAUGAUUCCCAACCUUCGGCGCCAUCAUCCCUCAUCACAGCGGCGCCGGCUGUGGUGGUGACCCCCUUCGGAAGCCCUGAAACGCCUGCACCUGCUCCAGGCGAGAGCCCCGCAUCAUCUCCGGAGGCAACGCCAGGACCGGUAGCAUCUACCCCUACGAUCGAGACUACUCCGAGGCCGGUGGCGAUCGGUUUCGACGGUUCCCAACCUUCGGCGCCAUCAUCCCUCGUCACAGCGGCGCCGGCUGUGGUGGUGACCCCCUUCGGAAGCCCUGAAACGCCUGCACCUGCUCCAGGCGAGAGCCCCGCAUCAUCUCCGGAGGCAACGCCAGGACCGGUAGCAUCUACCCCUACGAUCGAGACUACUCCGAGGCCGGUGGCGAUCGGUUUCGACGGUUCCCAACCUUCGGCGCCAUCAUCCCUCGUCACAGCGGCGCCGGCUGUGGUGGUGGCCCCCUUCGGAAGCCCAGACACACCUGCACCUGCUCUAGGUGAGAGCCCCGCAUCAUCUCCGGAGGCAACGCCUACAACGCCAGGACCGGUGGCAUCUACCCCUACGGGUGACACUACUCCGGGGCCGGUGGCGAUCGGAUUCGAUGAUUCCGAACCUUCGGCGCCAUCAUCCCUAAUCACCUCGGCGCCGGCUGUAGUGGUGGCCCCCUUCGGAAGCCCAGACACACCUGCACCUGCUCUAGGUGAGAGCCCCGCAUCAUCUCCGGAGGCAACGCCGACAACGCCAGGACCGGUGGCAUCUACCCCUACGGGUGACACUACUCCGGGGCCGGUGGCGAUCGGGUUCGAUGAUUCCGAAUCUUCAGCGCCAUCGUCCCUCGUCACAGCGGCGCCGGCUGUGGUGGCGGCCCCCUUCGGCAGCCCAGACACACCUGCACCUGCUCUAGGCGAGAGCCCCGCAUCGUCUCCGGAGGCAACGCCAGGACCGGUAGCAUCUACCCCUACGGGUGACACUACUCCGGGGCCGGUGGCGAUCGGAUUCGAUGAUUCCCAACCUUCGGCGCCAUCGGCCCUCAUCACAGCGGCGCCGGCUGUGGUGGUGGCCCCCUUCGGAAGCCCAGACACACCUGCACCUGCUCUAGGCGAGAGCCCCGCAUCAUCUCCGGAGGCAACGCCUACAACGCCAGUAUCUAUCCCAACGGUCGAGACUACUCCGGGGCCGGUGGCGAUCGGAUUCGAUGAUUCCGAACCUUCGGCGCCAUCAUCCCUCGUCACAGCGGCGCCGGCUGUGGUGGUGGCCCCCUUCGGAAGCCCAGACACGCCUGCACCUACUCCUUCUGAUGGCGGCGACGAAGACGAGUACGAUUGCGCCGCGUGCUCGAGCCUGUCAAACGCUCAGGUGGAGGCUCUUGCCAGCUACGACAAUGGCGGAAAGAGGGUGAUCUGCCGCGGUUGUGGGGACUGCACCAACUGCACCCCGUGCCCCGGCCCGGUCCCGUCCCCCGCCCCGAUCGCCAGCACGGCGGAAACCCUGGCUCCAGCCGAUGGCUUUGCCCCGUUCGUCACCCGUGGUACCGUGUCGCCGACUGCCAACGAGACGGUUGCCGUGGAAGAGAACGUGACUUACGCCCCCGCUCCCCACGUUUCGGCCGCGUAUGGCACUGGAACUCCCGCCGAGACUGACUUUGCUGAUCUCUCGACGCCCGCCCCUGUGAAUCCUAUGGCCCCUACGGCCGAUGCCGGUGUCGACGUCGAGGUUGACGUGGACACGGAUGCCGACGGUGAUGGCGCCGACGCCGAUACCACGUCGGACUGCGAGGCAUGCUCGAAUCUGUCCGAGGUGCAGAUGCUGGCACUGGCCGCAUACCCCGGCGGUGCAAAGAGGGUGGUGUGCGAUCCCGACUGCUUGGACGGCGUGGACAUCCUGGAUUGUGACUGUGAGCCCUGUUUGUUCCCGUGCCACAGUCGGGUUCUUUAUGUACACCCGGUUGGUUUCCGCACUCUGUACCUGCUCAUCAUCAUGCGAACGAACCCUGAGUUUUGA